CUAAUAUCCUCCUUUCUACGAUUCGCUCUUAAUCCGACAUGGUUUCUUCUCACUUCAUCCUUGCUGCCACUGGUCUGGCAGCUGUUGCGUCCGCCGCCUACAACCCUACCUGCUCCAACAACAUCGUCACCUACUGGGGACAGAACAGCUGGGGUGGGGGUCACCUUGAUGAUCCUGCCAACUGGGAGAAGGACCUUGCUAGCUACUGUCAAGAUGACACUUUCGACAUCAUCAACCUGUCGUUUGUGACCAACUACAACCUGACUGGUCUUCCCGUCCUGAACCAUGCAUUCCACUGCGAAACUAAGUUUAACGGCACAAACACCUUGACCUGUCCAGACAUUGGUGCCGAUAUCAAGACUUGCCAGGCUAAGGGCAAGAAGAUCGUGCUGUCGCUGGGCGGCGGUGGUAUCUACUCCUACUCUCUCAGCACUGCUGCUGAGGGAAAGCAGUUCGCCGAUACUGUCUGGAACAUGUUCCUCGGCGGAUCGCACCAGUACCGUCCUUACGAUGACGCUGUCCUGGAUGGUGUUGACCUCGACAUUGAGUCUGGUGCCCAUGAUGGCUAUGUUGCCUUUGUCAACCAGCUGCGCACCUACUUCAACGGUGCAUCGAAGAAGUACAUCAUCUCUGCUGCUCCGCAGUGCGUCUUCCCUGAUGCUAACCUUGGCACCACCUUGAGCGGUGCCUGGAUCGAUAACGACUACGUCCAGUUCUACAACAACCCAUGCAACCUGGCCAACAUCAACAACCAGUGGAACUUUGACUACAAGAGCUGGGACACUCUGACCAAGGCCAACUCGAACCCGAACUCCAAGAUGUAUGUUGGUCUGCCUGCUGGAUCAGGCGCUGCUGGUAAUGGCUACUUGGAUCUGAACACGCUGCAAGCGAACCUAAAGCAGUUGUACACUAACUACACUUCGACGUUUGGUGGCAUCAUGCUGUGGGAUGCGUCGUGGUACUCGAACAACCAGGCGUAUGUCUCCAGCCUGGCUGGUUGGGUCCGUGCCAACAUGAAGUGCGGUGCAGCAGUCGCUCCUGCUCCGAUUUCAAGUGCCCCGGCCGCUGCUCCCACUGUCUGAACACCCCUGUGAUGAUGCAGUAUCCCUAAACAUCCUUCUUUUUCUUUCUUAUGAAUGGUAUGAAGAAUUUCAUCUAUAACUA